AUGGCGAGCCAGGAUUCAAAUAGCCUCGAGAGCGAGCAUGGCAUAUCCUUAUUGCAUGAGAAACUACUGCAGAACAAGCACUUCCCAUUAACCCAGCCAUCGCCGUCCACAUCCACCAGACAUGCUCACACACGCCCUCGCCAUACCUCAAACACAAAGAUCCAACGGCUGAAGCCUUCGUCCACCGCUCCUGCCGCCUCAACCCUUCCGGACAUGGACUCGACCGACCAUCAAGAUGCUACGCCCUCGCUAGCCAAGCACACAACAUUCCAUGGCUUCCCUCUUCCUCUCGACCUUGACGGUGACACCCAGCCAAUGCCCUCGCAGUUCUACAGGAAUUUCACCAGCGGUCUUGGAGAGGACGACACUCAACUCGACGACGAAACUGCCCCCGACACCGAGCAAGAGACGCCACAGAUCGAUUUGAUGCAACACUGGCAACCGCCCACCUACCACGAGCUUUCCAGCGACGAAGAUGAAGAAAAAGAUGAUGGCCAAUACUUUUUGAGCUCCGUCGCAAGGCCUACCUUCCCCAAGACUCCUGCAACUGCUGGUCGCAAGCGCAAUCAUCGCGGAGAUGUUAUACCCUCUACUACAAGCACAAAGACCCCGGGCUCAGGUGGUCUGUCAGCUUUCGCUUUUGGCAAUGCCCCGCCCUUGACCAGCACUCAACUGUUUCAUGCUACACAAUCGCCUUCGAGUCCCGUAGCCGAUGGCCCGCGAAGCGACCCGGUACUGAGCCGACCAAGCCCCAAUAUCAGGCAGAGUUCGCCUGGACAGAAUCUAGCCUUCUCUUCGCCCUUGAAGGCUUUGCCACACAGUCCGAGUCGAUCGGCCCACACGGCAGGCAGAUUGAGCAGGCCGGGUACAAGAGAUGGCCUUUUUCAAAACAACAAUGCCCUUGUGAAUGGACUGGAGAACAGAGGCGAGAACGAAUGGGAAUAUCAUGACCGUGAAGGAGUUAGCCUGGAUGACCAUGCUCACCAAAGCCCGGGAGGCGAGUCGAUGGACGAAUACGAUGAGUUUGCUCAGUCAAUAAGAUUCAGUCAGCGACAAGCUUCAUCCUCACCUCAGCCCGUCCAAUCCGAGGAAGAGAACGACCAUGCCGAGUCUUCGAGCCGUACCUCGACGCACUCUAGUCAGCACAACCCAGACCUCGGACCGCCGAACGCCUCUGUUCCUUCGGGUCGCCAACAGAGCUCACACCAAUUGCCCACCACGCAAAUGCUAGGCCGAGAUGCUGAGACUUCCGACUAUGCUGUUGCCGAUUCACAGCCCACUCGACAAGAAGAGACUCAGCUUCCGCCACCUCUGAUCGAGCCUUCAUCUAUGUCAUCCUUUGUUCCGGGCUCUUAUCCCCUAAGUCAGACAACGCAGCGUUUGAACGUCUUGAAGCGUGAUGCCGCGGACUCAUCAUCAAUCCCGAAGCCUCCACCAACAACUAGCCAAGUUGCCCCUCAAACUCAGAACCGUCUACCGAGUAGUCCUCCUCAACUUCCUGCUGUGUCUGAAGAUUUCGGAGAAGAGGAGACUUUGGACAUCGGCAAUCAAUCAAGACCGAACGAUGAUCAUACAGGAGUCUCUUCACCUUUACCAGGGACACGACCUGCUCCAUCUCAAAGAACUAAGGAGUUGAGAGAAGGCGGCCACGAAGGGAGUUCUACUGUCCCCGAUACCGAUUCUGUAGAUGAACUUCGUUCUUCCAAUCACCUGCCUGUCGAUGCGGUACCUGCACAGAACCAGGUUUCGAGCACUGACAACGAUGCAUCUCCUGCUGUUGCUUCCGUUUCGCGGUUUGAGAAGCACCGUGCGAGCCAACUGCAGACUCAAAAUCAAGUUCAGAGCUCAGUGUCGAGUACCGAGAGCCCGCGCAAAGCCGCUGGUAUCCUCAACUUUGCAGACAUCGCCACAGAUCCUACACCUCCUAAUGCGACCGGUGGUAAAGCUCUAGACCUGAACAUCGAUAUACUGUCGAACGAUGAUCAUGAUUUUAUGGACAUCAUGACAUCUCCACCUGCGAAGAAGAUGCGCCUAUACGGAAAGAAGGCAAGAGGAUUGGAAAGGGCAAGAUCAAAGGUGGAUGACAAGAGCCCAGCGAAGCCGCAAGGCGUGACCAAGAGUCCCAUCAUACUGGCUGCCAGGACUGUCGCCUUCCACACCAACGUUCCCCCGGAGCAGGAAGAUGUUACUGAAGUUAAUACCAGCGCUGUAGAUGUUUCUGACCAAGCCAAGCAGGUAGAGCUGAAGCAUGCAGAGACAGCAAGCACUAUCGACCCCAACUCUCAAUCACAUGAACACGUCGAAACGCCACUCGAGGAGACGGCUGAGGAAAAUUACCAAUCUGCAACGGGACAGGUUAUGGCAGAACAAUCUGACAGAUCUGCCGACAUCGCGCAAAUUGAAGCGGUCGUAGACAGAGAAAAGCGGGAAGAUGGCACGCAUGCGCGAGACCUUUCCCCUACUAAAGAUCAAGAACGAUCGACUCCGCCUUCUGCUAGGAAACGCGAGCAAGCUGGUGCGUCUGCAGCAACAAAAGCACGCGACGCAAUGUUAGCUCGAAGACCAGUCGAAGUCAAAUCUCCCGUUUCCAAGGGCAGUCCUGGAAGACUUGUCCGGCCCAAACGCAGAACUUCCGACCAGAGUCCAUUGCGUACACCUCUCGCUAGAAGGCAGGAAACUGGAAAGGCACCAAGGUCAAAGCUUUCGCAUGCGCAGCGCCUCUCACCAAGCGAAUGUCCCCAGCAGGAGAGAGUAAUUCCGCCGGCAGAUUCAGUUCUCCAAUCAGGAGCUGCUCAAGGAAGCACAACCACCACAACUGAGCAAGCAGAUGCUGCUGACGUAUCUAUGACUGAUGCCGCUUCAGAGCACAACGACGGCCAUGACGAGAAUACCGCAUCAAGUGCUGAAGUCACUCAACCCCAGAGAGUCUUAGCUCUCUUCAAGGGUACUGGACAAGCAUACUAUCCAGCUACAUGCCUUGGGGCAGCAACUCUCGAUGGUCUCAAGCUCCGCAUUCGAUUUGAUGACGGCACCAUCACCCAGCUAGACUCCUACCUAGUACGACGACUCGACCUUCAGCGUGGUGAUCAGGUCAAGGUUGAUCUACAAGGCAUGCGUAGCAAAGUCUACGUUGUUGUGGGUUUCCAGGAUAAAAUCGAGAACGUUGAGCCCGAAUCUUAUCCUAAGACUGAUAUUCAUGGAUUCGAGACUUUGCAACUAAUGGUCAAAGAUCGUGACAGUGUGUCAGCAUUGCCUCGGGCAGAGACCACAACGUCGCUCAAAGUGCCUGUCACAAGCGUCUACCUCACGCAAACCAUGUGGGUUCGAUUCGAGGGCAGAAACUACCUCUCUUCAACAGCAAGCAUGACAACUAUCGCUACCGGACACUCUUCUCGCCCGCAAACACCUAUACCUCAGAACACCACUCUCGCAACACCGGUCUCCCGAACUAGAAGAGGCACAGUGACUUCGAUACAUACCUCAACGAUCACUUCAGUGCGAUCAUUGGCACGUCCGGAGUUUGCCUCGCCGCUUCCAGCUGGUCGCGGGAUACUGUCUGGUAUGGCUUUCGCGGUAUCUUACAGCGCAGACUCAACCGAGAAGAACCGUGUUCUCGAGCUUAUCAAAGCUCACGGUGGUCUAACUCUAGAAAAGGGCUUCGAUGAACUCUUCUCGGUCAAAGAUCUUGGAGAUGCUCCUGAAGAAGCACGUUCGCCAUCGUCUUCUGCAACUAACGAUGCCGAUGCCUUGAUCCUGUCCGCCCGCGCACAAACUCUAGGCUUCGUGGCCCUGAUCGCAGACAAGCACUCUCGCAGAGCUAAAUACGUUCAAGCGCUUGCGCUCUCUCUGCCGUGUCUCUCGGGCCGCUGGAUUCUCGACUCAAUCGCCUCAGCCAAGCCUCUGCCUUGGGCCAAGUACCUGCUCCCUGCCGGAGAAUCCGCAUUUCUCUCUGGUGCCGUUCGCAGCCGUACUCUCACACCUUAUCUUCCGACCACGACUAAGCUCGCACAAACGAUACAAGAUCGAGAAAGACUACUUCAAGGUGGGAGGGUUCUUCUGGUCAGCGGAGCAGGCGGUAGGAAAUGGGAAGCCAAACGUGCUUACGCUUUCCUUACUGUUGCUUUGGGUGCUAGUGUCGUGCGUAGAGUCUCUGGCCUUGACUCUGCCAAACGCAUUCUGGAUGCUGAAGAAGGAUGGGGUUGGGUAUACGUGGAAGGCACGAUUGAAGAAGCAGAGAGCGUACUCUUCCGCAAUGGGAGUUUUGGAGAUGCAGGCACAGCGAAGAAAGGACGCAAGAGAAAGAGAGAGGAUGAUGGUAGCGAGAAGAUGGUCGCAGUCGGUCGUGAUGGAAAGGUCAGGAUCGUAGGAGACGAGUUUGUGGUGCAAAGUCUAAUUCUGGGUGACUUGAUGUUGUAA